CAUUUAUCGAUAAUGAGCGUGCGGAAAGCGAGAUGUGGAAACAGCAGCACGUGGUUCUUCUGGGUGGCAACACAAAUCUGAACGGCGUUGUGAUGAUUGUGGGAUAGGAUAAAACCAACCCAAACCCAAACGCAAACACGCACAGCGAAAACCAGGCUUUUAAUUUCUUGAUUAGUUAAUUUUGAAAUAAAUAAUUGGUUUGGGUGAUAUCAUUAAUGCAAUUUCCCACACUUCCCCAGUGAGGAAAUGAAGCAGAAUCAGUUGGAGUAUUAAGAAGAAGAGUACAAUCGAUUAUCAUUCUGCGACCGACAAUGGUUUCUGCGGAGAAUGAUUCGCAUUCCACUUCCGAUCAAGCUACUCAUGACCAUUCAUCCGUUUCCGACAAAGCUCACAGAAGCAUCGGCAAGUCCAUGCGAACAGUGCGCUCCAAAUUGUUCCGACGCGACCACGCCACCUGCGUCUCCGAUAGCCUAACCGAUUCGCUCAUGGAACUCGCCUCGCGAAACUCCAAGUCAGUUAAAUCUUCCGUUACGGAGGAGCAACUUCUCGAGCUCUCUCAAGCUUUGAGCGAUUUCUCUGCCUGUAGCAGCGAUAUCUCUGGAGAGCUCCAGAGGCUCGCAACGGUAUCCUCCUACGAACCUGCAGUUGACGGGGAUCGCGAGCCCGAACCUGAGCCAGAGCCUUGCCUAGGGUUUCUCCAACGGGAGAGUUUCUCCACGGAGAUAAUCGAGAGUAUCUCGCCGGAGGAUCUUCAGCCCACGGUCAAGAUCUGCGUCGACGGACUGCAUUCUCCGUCCGUGGCGGUGAAGCGAUCGGCGGCGGCGAAGCUGAGGCUCUUGGCGAAGAACAGAGCGGACAACCGCGCUCUUAUCGGCGAGUCCGGUGCGGUGCCUGCUCUGGUUCCGCUGCUCCGGUGCAGCGAUCCGUGGACGCAGGAGCACGCGGUGACGGCGUUGCUGAAUCUGUCUCUUCUGGAGGAGAACAAGGCUCUGAUAACGAAUGCCGGUGCGGUGAAGUCACUGAUUUACGUGCUUAAAACAGGGACGGAGACUUCGAAGCAGAACGCGGCUUGCGCGCUGAUGAGUCUUGCGUUGGUGGAGGAGAACAAGAUCUCGAUCGGUGCUUGCGGGGCGAUACCGCCGCUGGUUUCGCUGCUACUGAAUGGGUCCCACAGAGGGAAGAAGGACGCACUGACGACGCUGUAUAAGCUGUGUUCGGUGCGGCAGAACAAAGAGAGGGCGGUGAGCGCAGGGGCAGUGAAGCCGCUGGUGGAGUUGGUGGCGGAGGAAGGGAGCGGGAUGGCGGACAAGGCAAUGGUGGUGCUAAACAGCUUGGCGGGGAUUGAAGAGGGAAAAGAGGCGAUCGUGGAAGAAGGUGGUAUUGCUGCGCUUGUGGAAGCGAUCGAAGAUGGGUCGGUGAAGGGGAAGGAGUUCGCUGUUCUGACUCUUGUUCAGCUCUGUGCUCACAGUGUUAGUAACAGAGGUUUGCUUGUGAGAGAGGGUGGGAUUCCUCCUCUCGUUGCUCUUUCUCAGAACGGCUCUGUUCGAGCUAAGCACAAGGCUGAGACACUCCUUGGAUAUUUAAGAGAAUCAAGACAUGAAGCGUCCUGUUCAAGUCCUUAGAGAGUAGUUUAUAAAUAGGAAGGUAAUUAUAUAAUGUAACUGGUUGUUGUACAUAUAUUUUUUUUUUGGUUUGUAACUUUGUACAGUGUGGAUCUUUUAAGUUAGAAGCUAGCCAGCACAGCAGUAGGCUGAUCCUUUGAUGAUUUAAUCCAGGCUUUGGUGAUUUUGCCUUCCCGUGUCCAAUCUGUAAUGUUUCCAGUUUCCAGAGGUUGUCUUAGUUUAUGUUGAUUAGCCUUUUUUUUUUUUUAGAUUUUUUUGUUGUUUUAAAAAAAACUCAGUUUUGUAUAGAGGCUAGCUCAGUUUUUUGUGUUUUUGCCUCUCUUGUAGUGAAAAUACUGAGGUUGUAUUACGCUACCACUUGGAAUGUGUCUGUUAGUGUGUUCAUAUUUUAUCUUGGUGAACAUUGAGUUUUAACUUUAAAUUUGGUUAGUCUGAUGCAUUUAAAUGUAUUAUACUGGCCGUAGGCCAUUAAUCA